AUGUCGGCAGAUCCAUCGUUCGAGUCCAUAAUCAACCAAAUCAAGGUUGACGCCGUAUCCCCCACGCACGACUUGGAUAAUGCCAAGCAGUUAGAAGCAGUGUCGAGGUGUUUUGCGAUUCCUACCAAGGAAAUGUAUGAGUAUGCCACGAAGGCAUCCGUUGGCGACGCUGUCUGGCAUGACUCAUCAACAGAGGCCCUGGAGGCCCACAUCGCCCAGUUGACCGGAAAAGAGGCGGCCCUCCUCGUCGCGAGUGGAACAAUGUCAAACCAGCUUGCGGUCCGAACUCAUCUGCACCAGCCACCAUUCUCCGUUAUCUGUGAUGGACGGUCUCAUAUUAAUAAAUCUGAAUCCGGUGGAGCUGCACUACAUACGGGCGCUCACACCGUCCCUUUGAUGCCGUCAAACGGACACCACCACCUCACCCUCAAGGACAUCAGACCUCAUGUAGUGCUAGGGGAGGACAUACACAGUGCCCCGACGCGUCUGAUAUGCCUCGAGAACACCCUGGAUGGGUUGAUUUUUCCCCAGAGCGACAUCGUCGAUAUCUGCAAAUUCGCCCACGAGAACGGUAUUUUGGUGCAUCUUGACGGUGCGCGCUUGUGGCAUGUCGCCGCGACGACAUAUAUCCCGAUGUCGGUACUGUGUGCGCCGCUCGACUCGGUUAGUUUAUGUUUUAGCAAAGGACUUGGUGCUCCCAUGGGUACCUGCCUCGCCGGGUCGAAAGCGUUUAUUCAGAAAGCCAAGUGGUUUCGCAAGGCAUGGGGCGGUGGCAUGAGACAGACUGGCAUCAUCGCUGCAGCGAUAGCUUAUGCACUCACCCAUAACUUCCCUCAGCUGCCGAGGGUGCACGCGCUGGCUAAGCGCUUGGAACAAGGGUUACGGGACCUCGGUGUUCGUAUCCUGUCUCCUGCAGAGACUUGCAUGUUGUAUUAUGAUCCGUCGCCUAUUGGGAUCGGAUAUCAGGAGAUUCAAGACAGGGCUGCAGCACUCCCGCAGCCAAUAAUAGCCAUGGGACCGCGGCUGGUGGUGCAUAUUCAAACGACCACCGAGGCCAUAGAUGAUCUUUUGGCUGUCUUGCGAACCUUGAAGGAAAACAAGCUGAAAGAUGGUUUCACACAGUCGCCCGACCUACCAGUCGGCCCGAGCGGCACAGACGCGGAAAGGGGUUAUCCGACAGCGUAG